AUGGCUGGUGAUCCUUUGAAGCGCAAUCAAAACAUGUAUUGCGCGUACCAUCAGGAGCCAGGUCACACCACUGAUGAUUACAGGAACCUGAAGAACCAUCUAGAUCGGCUCGUCCGAGAAGGGAAGCUGAGACAUCUGCUGUCUCGCCCUGAAGGAUGGCAGGAACCAUCGAACAAUGAAACCAGACAAAGUACGUUGAGGCCACCCAUUGACAUAAUUAAUGUCAUUCUCGCUGCACCUGGAAGGACAGGCUCUGUCCCCUUCAGGAUAAUGUCAGUGAGCAGUUUCCCGACUGAGCCAGACGACAGGGAAUCCAAGAGAACUAGAAUGAGUGCCACGCCACUAAUCGGGUUCAUGGAGGAAGACAAACAAGGAACUAUUCAACCCCACGACGAUGCCCUAGUCGUCACGCUCAGAAUAGGAGGUUAUGAUGUGAAAAGGGUGUUAGUUGAUCAGGGCAGCGCCGUGGAGGAAGACAUGUCGCCAUACGAUUCCUCCCUGGUCAGCUUCAAAGGAAAAAUCGUCAUCUCGAGAGGCAUGAUUAGGUUGUCUGUGCAAACAGACUCGGAUGUGGUAGAAGUGAACUUCAUUGUCGUAGAUGCAUACUCCCCCUACACAGCUAUCGUGGCCCGGCCAUGGCUUCAUGCACUAGGGGCUGUGUCAUCAACCUUGCACCAAAAAGUGAAGUAUCCGUUAGGAAGUCAAAUCAAAGAGAUAAUAUGGAACCAGGGAGUGGCUAGACAAUGCAUGGUGUCGGCAAUUUCACGGCGGCCGAAUGGCGAACCUUCCAAUUCAGCCGAGAACGGCUUAUAG